AUGAUCCAAGCAGCAAUGAACAUGGACGGAAUGUUGGAGGCGAGCGAAAGGCGAAUUGAAUUCAAGAAACUCGACAAAGAAGCUAAGAAAGUUUUGAAUAAGAAGAAUCCAGUAUCUGCUCCUCAUCAUCCCACUUAUCUAACGAUGAUCAAGGGCGCUGUUUUGGCUCUGAAUGAGGGAAAUGGGGCCAGCAAAUCGGCCAUAUUGAAGUACUUGGCGCAACAUUAUCAGCUCGGGGAGCAUCUGCCGAAGAUCAACUCGCAUCUCUGCUCUGCGCUCAAGAAACACACUAAGGGCGGACUCAUCGAACAGACAAAAGGCAGUGGAGCAUCAGGAAGCUUCAAGUUGGCCACAUCCGCGAGGAACGCUAAGAAGAUCAGACGUCCCGCCAAGAAGGUUGUUAAGGGAAAAGAUGUAGUCGAGAAAAAAGAAGCAAAAAUCAAACCUGCUGUCAAGAAAACUAUUGUUAAGAAGAAACUUGCAGCAAAUAAACAAUCAGGAAAAGCGAAGCCUGGGAAGACCGUGAAGAAACGUUCUGCGACUUCAAAGAAAGCCGGCACGGUGGCCGUGCCGAGUGUACAGAAGAAACGUGGACCGUCCAAGAAAAAGGCGCCGCGUGCAAAGAAAGCAUGA